CGCGACGGGGACGAGGCGGCGCGGGGGGCCCGGAGGCGGCGCGCGCCCAAGAACGUCAUCACCAGGAUGCCGCUUCAUGAAGGCAGCCCGCUUGGGGAGCUUCAUCGGUGUGUCCGAGAUGGCGUUAAAAUCAACGUCCAUAUUCGCACUUUCAAAGGGCUGCGUGGUGUCUGCACGGGGUUUCUGGUCGCAUUCGACAAAUUCUGGAAUAUGGCCUUAACAGAUGUAGAUGAAACGUAUAGAAAACCUGUACUGGGGAAGGCAUUCUACAAUGAGCCCCAGCUCACACUUACCAGGCUGUUUGACAGGCUCAAACUACGGGAGUCCUCUGAAAAGAAGGGAGCUGAUACAAAGACUGAGCCAGAGGAGACAGCCACAACAAGUGGACCCCAGCCGCUCAGACGGAAAGUUGGGUCAGGAUGGGGGAGAGCAGAAGAGGAGCGUGAGACACAGAAACACGUGGGCAGAGGUGGAGAAAAGAAGAUGGCAGGCGACAGCUUGCCUCUGGCAGUCAGAAACGAGGCUGACUUGCCAGGCAGGACUGCCCAGCCAGAGGGCACUGGUGCAGGAGCUACCACAGCAAGAAGCCAGCCCCGGAAAAAAAAGAGGCCCAAGGUGGAUUAUCAGCAGGUGUUCACACGCCACAUAAACCAGAUAUUUAUCCGAGGAGAGAAUGUCUUGCUUGUCCACUUAGCGCAUUGACUUGGCAGAGCUGAGUCAGUAUAUUUAAUCAAUAGCAUGAAUCACAGCUACAGCUCUGGCUAAGCAUCGUUGUGAAGCUGUAUGGUAUUAUAACUAGAUUCCCUUUCUUUAAUUGUAACAGGAUAGGGGAAAUUGCUAUGUCUGUCAGACCAGGGCAUCUUGAAGCAGUGGCUACCAGAGCAGCCAGUCUUACACCUCUUGUCAAGGGGCUUGGGACAAGUUCAGCAAGACACUUCGGUUCUGUGAGGCGAGGGGAAACUGGCAGAAUCCGACAGGGACCCUGGUCCCUUUAAAGGGCUUCACGAAGCGGGUUGGGAAGUGAAAUUAGGGUGCUUCAUUUGGAACAAAAAUGUUGUUCCCUUCAAGAACAUGUAACUCUACACAGUCUAAAAUGAGUGACCAGUCCUAAAUAUUCUACUUCCUCUAAGUUGUUGCAAAAGCAGUUUUCACUGACAAAGUCAAUAGUUUUUAAAUGCAAGUAAAUGAAGAAUCCAGAGUUUCUCCUUGCACCAGGCCUAGCUUUGCCCGUGCACCCCAGUCCCUUUGUUCAAGCCUGUUGCUAACAAGGACUGAAUUGUGAUAUGGUCUGAGGCAUCUCAGUGAGCACCACCUAAAAUUCCUCUUUAGAUCACUGAACUGAGGCAGGAUUUGUGCUUGCUCCCAGGGGCAAAGCUUGUGCUCUUACCUGUUGUGUCAUGCUGUCUUCCCACGCUAUCAGCAAGCACUUAGCAAUGUCAGUCCAGGAGCUUUCUUCCCUGGAGUUCCUCUGCGAGUGUUAUAAUGGGAGGAAGCACCUGGGAAAUCAGUCUUUUCUAUUUCUUGUUGUAGCGUUAUACACGGUGAUAUACUUUUCUUGUGAGAUUUUUAAAAUAAGUUUGUGCUGAGCACAGCCGUACUGUAACUAAGCACCUCUGAGGUUCCCUCUUGAAACUAGAGGCACCACCUCACCAGCAGGUCUGAUGGGACCCAAGUCUUCGUGAUGCUUUCCUAUCUAUACGAAUGAUGCUGCUUUGAAUUCCAUCUGAACCGAGCUUCAGAGAUGUGCUUAGAAUUAACGAAGUAUAAAAAUUAAAGCCAAACUGUAGCAAAUGA